AGGGUUGCACUUGAACCCGGACCACGUUACUGUCCGGUCUGCACAUCUCCCUGCCACUCACACGCCACUCACAACGGCGUGCAUGCAAACCGCCAGUACUGGUCUGCUAUGUCUGCGGCAAUGAACCGCGCAGACACGUCUCUCCAGUCCAUAGGCAGCCAACCUGAUCUUUCACUCGGUUCACUCGCGUCUGGUUUUUUGACACCAGCUCGCCGAGCAGUGUCAGGGUCGACGGCAGCGUCUUCGGCGCCCAUCGCGACGCCGUCUCCGCCGAAUGCUGCACAAUUUACACGAAGGCGACUCGAGGAGCCGACUCCAAGACGACGAGGUCUUGAUGAUUCGAUAGACGAGGCAGACGACGACGUGCUCGAUACGCCAGGCCGCGAGAAGAAAUGGGAGGACGGUAUAGAUGCGACCCCCGCCCCCGAACGCACGAAACGCGGGAAAGGCGCGGCGGGGAAGGGGAGCGUGAACCUCACGUUGCGCGACCAGGAGAAGCACAUAGACAGCCUGAAGAAGGAGAACUUUAACAUCAAGCUCAAAGUGCACUUCCUCGAGGAACGCCUCGCGCAGCUUGCCCCGGACCAGAUCGACGAGGCCCUUAAGCAGAACAUCAACCUCAAGAUCGAGGUGCAGCAGCGCGGCAUGGAGAUCAAGAAGCUCAAGAAGCUCAUUCUCGAGGCACAACGCGAGCUCGAACGUCUGCAGCGCGGGUCAGGCUCCUCUGAGUCGCGUGUGCAGUAUCUCGAGGAGAAGCUCGCGGAGCGCGAUCGCGAACUCAGCGAACUACGAAGGCGACGCGUCGGUGGUGCAGACGAACAUGUCAUGCGCGAGCUCGACGCGCGAAAUGCUCAGCUGGAGGAGCGUAACAUGGAACUCGAGGAACAAUUGGAAGGCGUACGAACGCUGCUGGAGGACAACGCAGAAGAGAUGGAGCGGCUGAAGCAGAUCGUCGAGAGCCGAGAAGACGAACGCAGUGGAGACGGCGGCCGCCUGCGGAAGCACUUAGAAGAGCUCGAGGACGAGAACGAGGAGCUGAAGCGACACCUGGGCGAGCAGGAGGACCUGGCGGUGAGGCAGGACGAGGAGAAGGAAGAGCUCGCAGACCAAGUCGAGAUGCUCCGGCUCCAGCUCGAGGACCUCGAGCGGCGACGCGAAGCUGAAAAUGUCGAGCGAAGCCAGAGUCGCGCGAUGAUUCUCGGAGAACGGGAAGAGCGGGAAGCCGUCGAAGAGGAGCUGGCCGCAGCGCGCGAUAAACUUGCCGCCGCCCAGAUCGAGGUUCAGCAGAAGGAAGACGAGGUGGAGCUCAAGGUACGAGAGAUUGAGGACAUUGUCGCAGAGCAUGAACGAAUCGUCCGCGAAGUCGAGCAGGAAUGGAGAGGCGAGGUUGAGGAAGCUAGAGGUCGGGUGGACGAACUCAAGGACGAACUCGAGCGCCGCGAUCAAGAGUCCAAAGAGCUACGCCUAGCCUUUACCGACCUCGAGGCGGAAAUGAACGAUGUUGUCGAAAAAUUCGAGCUCGCCCUGGAGCAUAAGGAGCGAGAGGCAGAGGACAAGGACAGCGAAAUUGCUGCGGCGAACCAGGAGAUACAGGGUCUCGGAGAUCAAGUAUACCGACUCGAAGACGAGAACGAGCGACUGAAGGAGGAAAGUGCAAAGUUACGCGAAGAGGAUGCCGUCGAACUCGAGAGGCUGGAGGCGCUCUCCACUGCUCUUAAAGAGAAAGUGGCAGGCCUCAAGGAGCAGCUCGAAGACUUGCAGGACGAGUUGGAGCGGAAAUGCAGCGAAGCAGAACAAUCCCAGGCCAACCAGGAAGAGCUUGUGCAACAUAUCGAAAAGCUAGUCGCCGAACUACAGAAAGAGCAGUCCAGCAGCAAACGUCUCGAAUCUCAGCAAGGAAAACUUCAGCGCGAACUGGACGAGUCUGGCAGACAGUCGAAGCGCGCCCUCGAGGCGAAGGAUUCUGCCCUUCAAUCUGCCCUCCACGAUCUCUCGAACGCGCAGGCGCUGCUUGCGCAACGCGAGAACGACCUUGCGCAGGUGCAAAAUGCGCUACAGACGCUCGAGCAAGAGUCCAAGAAGCUUGGCGAGUCGCACACGACGGCGCGGUUCUCACUACAGCUCGAGGUCGACCGACUCAAGCGCGAUCUGGAACGACUCGAAGACGAGCUCCGGCGGGCACGCAAGGAACUCGACGAUCGCGACGGCAAGACACGCGACCGUGAGGGCGUGCUUGAUCGUCUGCACGCCGAGAACCGCGACCUCGCCGCACAACUGGCCGCCCAGACUCAGGCGCGCCUGAACGUCACCGAGAAGCUCGAUGCCGUGCAGACAAGCUUGAAAACUGCCGAAGCGGACGUGACCACGUUCCGUACCCGUGUGCAGGACCUCGAGGGGCGGAUGUCGAAGGACCAGCGGUCAAUGCUCACGGCAGAAACGCAAUACCGUGAUCAGCUCACCGAGCGCAACACACUAUUGCUGACGAUCUAUCAGUACAUGGACAAGAUCCUUGGUAUCGACAAGACACCAAAGAAGAAUGGCGCCGCCGAGACAAAGCCGUUCACGAACUUCAGCGUCUUCCACGAUAACCUGAUCAGCCGCUUGAAGCAGCUUAGCCAGAUUCAACUCGAUUUUGACAAGCGCGUCAAGGAUGCCGAGGUACGGUAUGCGGACAAGAUGAAUGAUAUGCGCAAGCAGCUCGACGCGCGCUGGCGGCAGCUCGACAAGUUCGAGACGAGCGUGAAGACACUCGCGGAGAACAAGACGGCGUGGCGCAAGAAGCUGGCGCUUAAAGAGGGCGAGGUAGAGGCGCUCAAGGCGACGAACAACGAACUCCAAGGCGUGGUCAACAGCGGCCGCAAGACGGGUACCGCAGACACCAUGGAAGUGCGCGCACUGACGGCCCGCGCGAACAAUGCGGAGCGCCGUAUCGUCAACCUCCAGAACCAGCUACUCGCUGCAGAGGAGAAGGUCACGGCAAUGAACGAGAAGACGACGGUUGCGGACAACAAGUGGGAGGUCCGCGUGAAGGAGUACGAGGCCCGUCUGCGUGUGGCAGAGGAGAAAGUCAAGCGCGAAAGGCAAGGCGGAAAGGAGCGUACAGUUGAGCUCGAAACCCAGGCGAGGCAAUAUAAACGGCAGAUUGAGCUUGCGCAGAAGCGUAUACUGCAGCUCAACGAAAUCGUCGAGAAAGCAGGUCUGAGCCGGGACUCGAAGAACGCCUCUCCUUCAUCGUCAUAGUCGCCGCAUGCUUCAUCACUAUUCUCAACCUUCCAUUUCCGCGCUUCAUCGGUUUCCUUUUCUUUCCUCCGCGCUUUCUGCCAUCGUAUGCAUGCUGUCGCUUCUUUCCAUUCUGUUCUGUUGUUUGCUAUCUGAGUAUAUAGGGCUGAGAUACCAUAUUGUAGCAGUACUGUAUAUUGGUCAUUCAUUUGGUUGCUCCCAUGGUCUACAGGCCUCCGCCAGUCCAGCCGCCGUCGGCACAGAUGACCUAAAGGCGAUGUCAAUGACUGCUAAGACAAGCGAUUGCAGAAGAAAUUGUUCGCCUUGUUGGUCAUGUAGCCGUUCUGGACGAGCAUGAGGACAAUGGAAGCGAUUUCGUCUGGCUUUCCCAGUCUGCCAAUCGGAAUAUUGGCUCGAACCGCGGGUGACGGGUUCGACAUCAUAGCAGUGUCUAGGAACAUACCAACUGAGAUAUGCGUGCGCUAGA